GCUCCAGUAUUGCAAAUCAGUGAUUGCAACCGCACUGAUGAAACGUCGUUUGGACACCGGACACCCGCAAUUAAACGAUCCUCAUCUAAUGUUGUCAAUGUCGGAAUUUCUUUUGAGUUUGCAAAAUGUGGAAAAGAUGAGUUUACCGCCUUCGACUGUCGUCUGCGAUAUAUAGCCAUAGCAGUAAUUAAGCGAACAUUCCUUGAAUCCUUACUGAAACCUAGAAUUGAUGGAUGUGGCUUUGCUUUUAUAUAUGGAUUUUCUAAAUAAUUGCAGUUGUUAACUUGUUUUUGUAUCAAGUCCAUGCGAUUCUGACAUUGCAUUUAUUAGUACCAGACGCAACCCUGGCCAACUGAAGACUGAUUGCGGCUAUAGACGGUGCACCGGACUUCGACAAAUUCUGAAGGAGGACUUCACACAUAGCUCGAGGCGUGCAAACUCUCACCAGUGCUUCAAUUUUUCUUUGAAAGCCCAAUUAAUUUUAAAAGUUUCAACUAUAGUACCGUUAUAUUCUGCGAAAUCAUGGCUAGGCCUUGACCUCGCUUGACGUGUUGUCUGCAUUUUUGUUGUGAUCACGUGCCAACCAGAAUACCAUUGUCUGUGUAGAUAAAGAACGAGCUGCGUACACUAUAACAACAGACGUCACUCCAGGAGAUCCCAAAGAUAUAUUAACCAGUGGAAGAACCUCCACCACCAAGAUGUUACAGCCGGAGAUGUCAGACAUGCCCAUGAGUGCCAUGAGCCGGGAAAUGACCACCAGACGAUCUCGUCGGCAGAAUACGAACAGGGAGAACGAGUCCGAGGAGAUCACCAAGCUCAAAGAGAGACACACCAUCCUGGGCGCGGUGAAGAAAGUUGUCCGGGCCGUCAUCCCGCACCUAGUGCUCUUGGGUGUGCUUUUCGUGUACCUGGGCUUCGGGGCGUGGGUCUUCUACACGCUGGAAAACAGCUGCUCCCUCGAAUGCUACAGGGAGCUUGAUGAAGCCAAGGUGAAGAUGAGGGGGAUCGCCAUCAAUAGAACAACUUGCACCCCUUCAGGGUCCACGCCCCUUCCUCCUCAAGAUGCGAUUGGUCGGACGAGUUCCUCUAGCACGAAGGGUGCUGGCAAAGGGACGCCUUACGAAAGCAGUGAAGCUUGUGAUGAUGACGCUAUGGUGGAAGAGAUGGAUGAACAGUUUGAUGUCGUGAUGAAGAAGAUGGUACGUUCUGGAAUGACGAUUGGAAGGAUGGAUUCUCUGCUAGUAGGUCGAACCUGGAAUCUCUCCAGCGCUAUGCUCUUCAGUAUGACGACCAUUACCACCAUCGGAUACGGAGACAUUGCUCCUGAAACUACCGGAGGGCGCAUCUUCUGCAUCUUCUACUGCAUCGUUGGAAUACCACUGGCUCUGCUCUGUUUGGCAAACAUCGGCAACCUCCUGGCCCGACUCACUCUCAAGACCUGCAGGGCAACCCACUACUGUCUUGUCGUACGCCACAAGGUCGGCGCUAGCUGUCGAAGGUGCCGCGGAACCUCUAAAAGUCAUCCCGAAACAUCGUCUCAGAGGAAAAUCAUUAACGGGGAAGUGGAGAUAUCGAUGGAAAACGUCGGCAGACCGCCUGCGUAUGAAUCUAAAGAGAAAGAAGCCGAUCGAGCUAACGCAAACAAAACGUCAGAUGCGAAUACGAAUGAUCACGCAAUUACACGCUCGGUAUCGAUAGCCACGGAUAGACCGACGUCGCAACCGCAUGGCGUGACCAAGCAACCGAGUUCGGAUGUGUGCGAGCUAGGGUCGAGCGCGGGCGUACCGUCCUGCGGUUGCCCACCGAACCAAUGUCAGUGCGAGCAUAAGCCGGACGUGCUCGAGGAAGUCCCGCUCCUCGUCAUAGUCGCCAUUUUGAUAAUCUACAUGUGUGGGGGCGCUGCAUGGAUGGCUUCAGCGGAGGGAUGGGACUUUGGCACAGGGAUUUAUUUCAUGUUUAUAACGCUCACCACCAUAGGGUUCGGUGAUGUUCUGCCCAUGAAGCACUAUGCUGCUGAUACGUUCAUACCCUGUCUCUUCUUCACGCUGUUUGGUCUCGCCAUCAUGUCCAUGUGCAUUGCACUUGUCCAGGUUAAAGUUUUGCGGGGCUACCAGUUGAUAACGAAGAAGCUUGGUCUGUGCUGAGACGAAUAACUAUUAGAAUCAAAUAACUUGCAAGUUAAUGUGGUGGUGGUGGUUAUUUUACCUGACUGCUAAGAAAGCACAAAUGCUUGUUAGUAAGCAACCAGAGGACCGACAGCUUUAGGUCACCUCCGAGUAUGAUCAAAGAGAAUUUGAUUCUUUUCCUGUCAGAUGCAGAUUUGCCAUGAAAACGAGUCCGUUCUUUGAAGGCACUUUCACCUGUUGCGUUCAAAUAUCCAAGGUUUUAAGAUGUAAGUUCAUGCAUUCGAAAGAUGGAAAACAGAUCUGUUCCAACUGAAUGAACGUCGCUGUCGGACGAAACCUGCAAGCCAAUACUCAGAUCCAGCUGGAUCCUUGACGCUUAUUUGCAAGGAAAGCUGCAAAAGAAAGCUGCAUACUUUAUUAUACAGCUUUGUUAAAUGGAAACAUCGUGUUGGUCUGUGUCACUGACACGUGAAGACAAGAAGAAACAAAAAUCAGUGAUUUCAUGAAAGUGGACUUUUUCGUAACCAGAAGACGAAAGAAAAAGAACUUCAGAUCACG